CCUACUUAUGCUUUGGAGGAAUUAUCAUUAUUUUAUGUAUUAUAAUUGUCUCAUCAUGCUAAUCACUUAUCUUCUAUCUGAAAACGUUUCGAACUGAAUACUUUUUUGGCGAAGGUAGUUAAUCUACAGGCACCUAGGUCUGGUAUAACUUUGUCAUAGAUAUCGUAUCAUAUCAUAUCAAUGAUUUUAUCAGCAAAGCCUAAUCAGGGUAUACCUAAGUAUCAGUACAGUAAUAUUGAUGGCACGUAUUUAAAAAUUGGCACAAGCGAAGAGUGAGGAAAUGUAACAUGACGGCAGUACAAAGAAUAUUUUGUUGUUUAUCCAACAGACGAAAUGGCGUUAUGAGUAGUAAAGCUUUCAACCAGGAUGAAUUUACGAAGGGCAAGGGAAGAAACGAUGGUCAAUUGUCUUUAUCCGGACCGGGAAUCGAAGUAUUCCUCCAUGGGAUGGAAAAACCGCCGACCUCGCUUGGCCAUUGCCUUAUUAAUGUUUUCAGAAAAUACCAAGACCACAUUCUUCAGGUAAAUGCAAAGACUGGAGAGAAGUUUACCUACAAGGAGGCAUUGGAUCAAGCAUUUGCACUAGCAAGUGGAUUAAAAUCUCGUGGUAUUACUGCAGGAGAUUCUCUUGGACUUGUAGCACAUCCUACUGAUCCCAAAAUAAAUGUUAUACUCUUGGCUUCAAUAUUUUUGGGUGCCAUUUUGAAGCCCAUUGAUCCACAGGAUAAAUUUUUUGAAAGUAAAGUUAAUGAACAUUGCAAGUCGGGUCUGCGUAAUUGGUUUUGUGACAAGGAAAAGAUUAACGAUUUGAUAUCGAACACUAAAGAAAUUGGACAGAUACAAAUAGUGUCUUUGGAUUCUGAAAACAGCUCAAGUACGAAUGAACUUAUCGAACCCUUUGAUACACUACUAACACAGUCUGGUUUUGAAGAAGCGAUGAAACUUUCCUCUCAGCACAUUGUGCUUAUUUUAUCUAUUGAACAAAAUAGUCAAAAAAUAGCAUUUAAGAAUGAUGCUCUCCUAAAAUACUCGAGACGAAAGAGUCCGAAUGCGGAUGAUCCAGGCACAGGUUUUAUAUUAGAUUAUAAUGACUGGUCCGAGGGUGGAGAGGCAUGGAUCAUAAGAAGAAUAUUUCUUUUUCGCAGUGGUGGUAAUUGUCUGGUAGCUGUACCACCAUUUGAUCCUGAAGAAACACUUCUUCUUAUUCAAACUCACAGAAUAUCCUGGUUAGCAUUAAAAGCCACUCAGUUUAUAAAAAUGGCACAAUGUUCUUCAAUCGUCGCAUAUGACUUAUCUAGUUUACAAGUAUUAAACACUCCGCCAUCUGGAUCAGCACUUUAUUCUUUGAAUGAAUAUCUCGACGUUGCUCGUGAAAGACUUCCGGCAACAAGAGUUCUCAUUACGGGAAGCACGAUAGCCACUGCCAUACCGUGAAAAUUUGAAUAUGUUUAAUUAUUGUAAUCUAAAUAUAUUUCAUGACUUGGAAUUCCA